AGAAAGAGAAAAGUGGGAAUACGACUCUUGGAAUUCAGCGAUUUUUUCAAAAAUCAGAGGCACGAAACUUCCAUGAAUUUUCUUCAUUUUAUCAAAACCCAACUCAUUGGUACAUCGUACAUCAUAUUCUCCACACUCUUGUCAUUUUGCACAUGGUAGCGAUUAACCAGGGUUCGAGUCCCGCACCUCAAAAAUCCCCUGUGCUUUUCCACAUUUCCAGCAGUUCUAACGUUGUGAGUGGUUUGGUCAUGUGCGCGUUGUGAAUUCCCGUGUUUAUUAUUCCCGGUCAAAAGGGAGUUCUUGUUCUUCUGGAAGUAUCGGUGAAGUUAUUUAGGUUAAAGACUGCAAACACGCGUUGUGUGUUGACUACAAGCAAGGAAGCUGCCGAAAGAGCUAAAAAAUUGUGCUUUUCUUCGUUCUAAGGGAAACUAUAAAUGUGGCUGGUGAUUAACGCGCUGUUGACCUUCUAGAGUCGGUUUUUCUGGGGAGCUUCUGAAAGUUCUUCGUUGAACGAUUAGAAGAUGAAAAUUUGUGUUGAAUUUGUUUACAGAUGAGUAAUGGAAGAGGAAUUAUGCGUUCAACGUGAGCGUUCUGCCGGACAAAGUCAAUGGUAGCUUGGUCAGAUAAAGGAAUAGUUUGCGUGGGUCUAUUGUGGUGGGUAUUCUGUUUUCUGCCUAUUUUGUCCAAAGAUUCUAGAUUGUGUUUUUUCGUUGCUUGCGGCAAGGUGAUUGAGAUAUACACAAUGCGUAUGCCCCGGGAAGCUGCCAGAGGGGGGUACCCAGUAUUUGAAUGAGCAUGAGAUGUUCAACAGGGGAAUAGUUUAGGUUAUACUCUAGACCCAUAAAUAGGAGGAUUAUAUACACACAGUGUAUACGUUACCGCAUGUGUAUAGUUUGUAUAUGCUAGUCCAGAAAUAGAUUCUCUAUCUUCUAGAGGGAACCAGUCGGGCGGUUCGUGGAGGAUAAAUCCGAAUAAAAAACAGCUAACAAGGACAUUAGAGAAGAGAUAUCAGUUCUAAUUAGAUUUUGCUCAGCACAUUGAGAGGACCCAGGAGCUAAUUCGCCCAAAGGCACUACUGCAGGCUGAACCCCGAGGGGUUUUGUGAGUCUCACAGCAGGCUGAUGUUUGCAGGGGAUGAAUAACAGAGGGAAUCUGUAUCAGAUUUAAAUACCAGGAAUGGAUUCGAGAUUCAGCUUUUAUUAACUUCUCUAGGAGGAUUUGCCAGUUGAGUUAACACAGGAUUCAUUUCCAGAGGACUCACAAGGAUAUCUGAUUUUGUGAUAAGUUUCACAGCAGAAACAAGCUGUAGUUUGGUUUUAAAACCGCAACUAGAUUUAAGAAUCGGUGCUGCAAACACGUCAAGGAAGGAUUUGUUGAGUUAGCUGAUUACAGAAUUCAUUAGAAGCGGCCACACAAAGGAUUGGGUAGCAGAACAAUCUAAUCAAUCCUAAAGCAUAGAUAAUAUAGAUCUGAUUUGAAGGUAUUUGUCAAAGGAGGUGUUAUUCUAGCGGACAAGAUGUCUGAGCCCGGAAGGAGGAAAAAGAGGAGUCAAUUAAGAAAGCUGUAUACUUUUACAUGUGGAAGAUCAUCUUUACCACCGGAUGAUUCCUUGCCCGUUGGGGGCCCUGGCUUCUCCAGAGUUGUGUAUUGCAACGAGCCAGAGAAACGCGCUCAGCAGUCUUAUAGGGACAACUAUGUGUCCACCACAAAGUAUAAUGUGGCAACUUUCUUCCCCAAGGCAUUGUUUGAACAAUUCAGGAGGGUUGCAAACAUAUACUUUCUCUUUGCAGCAGGACUUUCUCUCACACCUUUGGCACCUUUUACUGCUUCCAGUUUGAUCGCACCCCUGGUGUUUGUUGUUGGAGUUAGUAUGAUCAAAGAGGCCGUUGAGGACUGGCGCCGUUUCUUGCAGGAUAAGGAAAUAAAUAAUCGGAAGGUUGAAGUAUUUGUGGAUGGUAAGUUUCUUAAGACAGAAUGGAUGAAAUUGAUGGUGGGAGAUGUAGUGAAGGUGGAGAAGAAUGACUUUUUCCCAGCUGACCUUCUGCUAUUGUCAUCAAGCAAUGAGGAUGGCAUAUGCUACGUUGAAACAAUGAACCUUGAUGGUGAGACGAAUUUGAAGAUAAAGGAGGCAUUGGAAGUUACAUCAGAUCUAGAAAAUGAUGCUAGUUUCCAGUCGUUCAGAGCUUCAGUCAAAUGUGAGGACCCCAACCCAAACUUGUAUACAUUUAUUGGCAGUAUGGAGUAUAAAGAUCAAAGUUAUCCUCUGUCACCUCAGCAGAUUCUGCUAAGAGACUCUAAACUACGCAACACAGAUUAUAUCUAUGGUGUAGUAAUAUUUAGUGGACAUGACACAAAAGUAAUGCAAAAUGCUACUGAAGCACCAUCCAAGAGAAGUGGAAUUGAGCGGAAGAUGGACAAGAUCAUUUUAUUCCUUUUCAGUGUCUUGGUUUUAAUCUCAUUAGUUGGUUCAAUUGCAUUUGGUAUCAAAACCAGGGAUGAUACGCCAGAUUGGUGGUACCUGAAUCCAACAAAUAUAACUGAUUAUUAUGAUCCCAAGAAACCAGCAUUGGCAGCAUUCUUGCAUUUUAUCACAGCGCUGAUUCUUUAUGGUUACCUUAUCCCAAUCUCUCUAUAUGUGUCAAUAGAGAUUGUGAAGGUGUUGCAGAGCAGGUUCAUCAAUGAAGACCAAAACAUGUACGAUGAAGAAACUGACAAGCCUGCACGAGCUCGAACAUCCAAUUUAAAUGAGGAACUUGGGCAAGUCGACACUAUACUUUCUGAUAAAACUGGUACAUUGACUUGCAAUUCAAUGGAGUUCUUGAAGUGUUCCAUUGCAGGUACUGCAUAUGGUCAAGGUUUGACAGAGGUGGAAAUAGCAAUGGUAGACCGGCUGAUACAAGAAGAUUUGGACAGUGUACAGGCAGGUACUGUGGGUGGUCGAGGUAAAACAAAAGAAAAUUCAAAAAAAGCAAAUAAAAAAAGGCGCAAGGAAUUUUUAGAAAGGAAAGGACCGGAAAUAGCAGGAAGGCUUGGCAUAGAGUUUUCAGAGUUGCAGGACAUUUUUUCUGAAAAUGAGGAUGAUAUAAGUAACCUAGAUGGCCCUGAAAUGGAGGGCAACACUGAAACAAUGGUCAACACUGAAAUGAGGGCCAACCCUCAUGUGAAAGGUUUUAAUUUCAAAGACACCAGAAUAAUGAAUGGGCAAUGGGUACAUCAAACUAAUAAAGAGGAUAUUCGCAUGUUUUUUCGUAUUUUGGCUAUUUGUCAAACUGCAAUUCCAGAAGUAGAUGACUCUGCUGAAACCAUCUAUUAUGAAGCAGAGUCACCGGAUGAAGCAGCCUUUGUUGUAGCAGCAAGAGAAAUUGGCUUUGAAUUCUUCAAACGUACACAAAAUAGUGUUUUCCUGCACGAGCCAGACCCCGUGACUGGCAAAAGGGUGAGAGAUCCAGUGACUGGGAAUGAUUUGGCACAUGAAUACAGAAUCUUAAAUAUUUUGGAGUUUAAUAGUACACGGAAAAGAAUGUCAGUCAUUGUAAAGGAUGAGCAGGGCCGUUUGUUUCUUUUUUCCAAGGGUGCAGACAGUGUCAUUUUCGAAAGAUUGUCGAGGAAAGAUCGAAGAGGCUUUGAGGCUGAUACAAGAAGUCACAUUAGCAAGUAUGCUGAUGCUGGACUGAGGACCUUGGCACUUGCAUAUCGUGAACUUGGUGAAGAGGAGUACAAAAGGUGGAACAAAGAGUUCUUGGCAGCCAAAAAUUCUUUGGGUGCAGAUCGAGAUGCAAAGAUGGAUGCAAUCACAGAUGAAAUUGAGAAGGAAUUGAUUCUUAUCGGUGCAACUGCUGUUGAGGACAAACUCCAGAAAGGGGUUCCUCAGUGCAUCGACAGAUUGGCACAAGCUGGCAUUAAGAUCUGGGUUCUGACUGGAGAUAAAGUGGAAACUGCCAUUAAUAUAGGAUUUGCUUGCAGUUUGCUUAGACAAGGAAUGGAACAAUUACUGAUUACAUUGGAUACACCUGAAAUAAAUGCAUUAGAGGAAUCAAGGAACAAGGAACAGAUUGCAAAGGUCUGCCAUGAAAAAAUAGAAAGCCGACUUAAAGAAUUGGAAAAUAAAGUAACUUCUUCAAGAGAAAACAAUGAUGUGUAUGCAUUGAUUAUUGAUGGGAAGUCGCUGACAUAUGCCCUUCAUAAAGACCUUAAACACAUUUUUCUGAAGAUAGCUACUCUAUGUGCAUCAGUUAUUUGCUGUCGAGUCUCGCCAAAACAGAAGGCACUAAUUACAAGGCUUGUUAAAGAAGGUACAGGGAAAACUACAUUGGGAAUUGGUGAUGGGGCUAAUGAUGUAGGCAUGAUCCAGGAGGCAGACAUUGGAGUUGGUAUCAGUGGUGUUGAAGGCAUGCAGGCUGCUAUGGCAAGCGAUUUUUCCAUAGCUCAAUUCCGUUUCCUUGAGAGAUUACUUCUUGUUCAUGGCCACUGGUGUUACAGACGCAUUGCAACUAUGAUAUGUUACUUUUUCUACAAGAACAUCACUUUCGGCUUCACCUUAUUUUAUUUUGAAGCAUAUGCAUCAUUUUCAGCACAACCUGCAUACAAUGACUGGUAUAUGUCACUAUUUAAUGUCUUUUUCACAUCACUUCCUGUCCUUGCAUUGGGAGUUUUUGAGCAAGACGUAUCUGCACAGGUUUGCCUAAAGUUCCCAGUUCUGUAUCAGGAAGGGAUACAAAAUGCCCUUUUUGGUUGGUCUCGGAUUGUUGGCUGGAUGGUUAAUGGAGUUUAUAGUUCUACCAUUAUUUUCUUUGUAACUACAAAUAUCCUUAAGCACCAGGCAUUUCGAGAAGGUGGUCAAGUUUCAGGCAUGGAAAUCUUUGGAGCAACCAUGUAUACCUGCAUUGUCUGGACGGUAAAUUGCCAAAUAGCUUUGGCCCUCAGUUACUUCACAUGGUUACAUCAUCUAUUCAUAUGGGGCAGUGUUGCCUUCUGGUAUUUCUUUCUUUUUGUCUAUGGUUCUAUUAAGCCUACAUUUUCCACAACAGCAUACAAAGUUUUGGUUGAAGCUUGUGGCCCUAGCCCAAUGUACUGGUUCAUCACACUUAUUGUUGUUAUAUCUGCUCUGGUUCCUUAUUUCACAUACUCAGCCUUCCAAAGGAGAUUCUUUCCUUUGUAUCAUAGCAUCAUUCAAUGGGUAAAACAUGAAGGAAAAGACAGGGAUCCAGAGUGGAUUGCUGUGCUACGAACAUCACGGAUGCGUCCAAUUCAAUCUGGUUUCACAGAAAGAGUUGAAGCACGUUAUCAAUACGUAAAGGCUAAAAUUCUUAAGAAACCAGGAAAUAGAGCAAGGGGUUUACGUAAUUAGUUACAUCAUGCCAAUCCCUGAUCUUUCCAAUACAUGGAUUAUUGCUUUAAUGAUUUUGAAAGGUGGCAGAAGUCAAAACUUUCUUUGCCAAUUUAAAUGCUAGUGUCCUGUUGAAGUGAGACUAUUUAAGAGAAUGAAACAUCAAUUGGCAACUUCCUCUGCAGUCAUUCAAGGGGAUUUCUAGAAAGUGGGCAGGAAUUUGAAGAUUUUAACCUGUUACUCUUGGUGAGCAGAGUAUAUUCAUAUGAAUUUUCUGCAAGAGAUACAACAAAUGCUGAAGCUUUUUCAUACCAUUUUCAGUCUCUUGUUUAAAAAGAUGCCAAGAUCAGAUCAACAUAUUCUUUUAUUUGUAUAUUUUUGUACCAAAUAUUCUUGUAUUUUGAAAAAUGUACAGAAGCCAAUAUACGGCUUCAGAUUGGCCCUUUACCCUGCAUUGGAAAUAUGAUGGUUAUCUGACAGUGAGUUUAGUUGCUCAAGUGGUUUUACCAUGCAGGUCAACACAAUAUGUCUGAUGUGUUUAGGAUGUUGUAGGCAAGGUUUGAAAGCCUUUUCUUUGGUGACUCAAGAGUCACUAUGAUCAUUUGAGUUGUUGGAGCAGUCGCUUGGUUGAUUAUUUGAAAUCCUUUUAGUUACAGAUUGUAAUAUAGAGUUCUGAUUCAAAGCUUUCUCCUCGUAUGUUAGAAGCCUAUCUAAUACCAUGGUUGCAAACUAUAUAUAUUCUGAAAAGGAGAAACAAAUCUUUAGGAGUUAAAUCCAAUUCUUUUGGACCUAUAUAUCUGAACUGUAUCAUGAAUUUAAUGAUUAUAUUAAUCCCACACUAAUACUUUCAUA